UAAAAGUGUAUCAAAAACUCUCAAAUUUUCUGUUACAAAAUGGAGAGAAAACGUUCUUUUUCUACCUUCAACAACAACACCAACAGCUUCAAAAAGACGUUGCAAGUAAGAACCAAUCAAAACAAGAACAAACCUUCUUUCACCAAAGAAGACUCUGCGAUUCUCUUGAAAAAGUAUGAUGCGAGAACAGUGUUGAAGCUGUUGCAGGAAGUGGCGAGUAAUGCAGGUUGGAAGAUUAAUUGGAAGGAAUUGGUGAAGAAAAGUUCGACUGGAAUUUCGAGUGUGGAAGAGUAUCGAAUUCUGUGGCGGCAUUUGGCGUAUGGUGAUUCAUUGAUUGACGAUGAUUUUCAAGAUCUGGAUGAUGAUAGUGAUUUGGAAUGUGAGCGGAAACCAUUCCCACCAAUAUCCAAGCAAAAUGAAUCCCAAGCUGCAGCAUGUGUCCAGGUAAUGAUUGAAUCUGUUGCAAUGAGUAAAUCAGCACCAAGUAGCUCAACAAUUGAAGUUCCAUUGCCUAUAAAAGUUGCUUCAUCUAAUUUGAAUGAAGAGACAACCAUUAGUUUUCCAGUUCUUGUGGAUAGACCAACAAGGGUAAAUAAUGAUACAAAUGCAUCAUCAAGAAAAGGAGCAUGGUCAAGGGAAGAGGACAUAGAAUUACAAGCUGCUGUUCAGAAAUGGGGUGAAGGGAAUUGGACAGAGAUGGCUGCAAGAGAUGAUUUUACUCUUAAUAGAACUGCUGCACAGUUGUCUAAGAGGUGGAGAAUUUUAAGAAAUAAAGCUGACACUAACUGAGAAACCAUUUCAACAAGCUGACAAUCGGUUGAUAUUGAUCGAACGGUCACUAAUGUAUCGAAUGCAUGAAAACAAGCAGACAAUCGGUUGAUAUUGAUCGAAGGGUCACUGAUCCAUCGAAUGCGUGAAUGUAAGCACUAGUGAUUGAAAAUCUGCAUCUCUACAUAUUAGUCACAAGUCAAAAAGUUCAAAACACUUUUAGUAGAUUAAAUUAUCCAUUGAAAUAUCUACUAUUUUUGUAAUAUUUUCUCUGAUUUCUAUUAUAAAAAAAUAUUUAUUUUUUA